UAAAGAUAGGUUGGUCAAUGUGUUCAUGUUUCUGUCUUCAAACUUCAAAACAGAAACUUGAGCAAGCUGGCUAACCUUUGGUCAACCAAUGAAAGAAAAACGACACCUUUCAGCAAACUUUCUUUAUUACUUCUUUCUUCUUCAUUGAUAUCCGUGUGAGAGAAGCCAAAGAAAACUCCUAACUCAUGUGGAUGUCAACCUUUUCUUCUGUUUUUUCGUGAAAACUUCAACCUUCUCGAACGUGUACGGAACCAAGCCAUACCCUUCUGUGUUCUUUCCCUGUUGUAAUGGUAUCAUGGGGAUUUGUUCUUGACAGUCAUUGAUUUUGGUGAUUUGUUGAAUGAUAGCAAGUUGAUCAGAGACCGUGCUUAAGAAUCAUAGGUUGAACAGAGAUUGUGCAUGAUAAAUAAGCAUAGCUGAUUGAUUAUGCAAUGAAGUGCUUUCACUAUUUCAGAGAUAAAUCUAGAAACAGUAGGCAAAGGUCAGCACCUGAACUGAAGGAGAAAGAGAAAAUGGACUUUUCAGGAGCUGAGAGGGUCACCAAGUCUUCAAGCUCAUCUGCUUCACCCCGCGGUAUACCAGAACUGUAUGAGGAAAAGGGUCAGAAUUUGAGGGUCUUCUCCCUCUCAGAGCUCAAGCGUGCAACAAGUGAUUUCAACAGGCUUUUUAAGAUAGGAGAAGGUGGAUUUGGAAGUGUGUUUAAAGGUUCAAUCCAGCCUGCUGAUGGGAAUGGGAAUUCUGUUGUAGUUGCUAUCAAAAGGCUUAACAAGGAUGCAUUACAGGGCCAUAAGCAAUGGUUGACUGAAGUUCAGUUUCUUGGUGUUGUGGAACACCCAAAUCUUGUCAAGCUUAUUGGAUACUGUGCUUUGGACGACGAACGAGGCAUCCAGAGACUACUCGUGUAUGAAUACAUGCCGAACAAAAGCUUGGAGUUUCAUCUUUUCAAUAAAGCUUUUGAUCCUCUUCCUUGGAAAACUAGACUUGAAAUAGCACUUGGAGCAGCUCAAGGGUUAACUUAUCUUCAUGAAGAAUUAGAAAUUCAGGUGAUAUAUCGAGAUUUUAAAUCUUCAAAUAUAUUACUGGAUGGAGAUUUUAAGCCAAAGCUUUCUGAUUUUGGACUUGCUAGGGAAGGGCCAGUAGCUGGUGAUACUCAUGUUUCAACAGCUGUGAUGGGGACGUAUGGUUAUGCUGCUCCAGAUUACAUCGAGACAGGUCAUCUCACAGCCAAGAGUGAUGUGUGGAGUUUUGGAGUGGUUUUAUAUGAAAUGCUUACUGGCAGGCGUUCAAUGGAAAGAAACAGGCCUAAAUCAGAGAAGAAACUGCUGGAGUGGGUGAAGCAAUACCCUCCUGACAGCAAGAAGUUUGACACAAUAAUGGAUCAGCGACUUCAAGGAGAGUAUUCCAAGAAUGGAGCAAGAAAACUCGCAAAACUCGCCGAUCGUUGCCUGCGUAAGAGCGCGAAAGAUCGGCCAACGAUGAGUCAGGUGGUGGAGAGACUGCAGCAGAUAAUGGAAGACACUGAUGAGGCAGAUGACAGAAGUGUUGAGGUAUCAGAAAAUGGUCAAGCUGAGGCUGAUGUGAAGGGAAAUCAAUUAAGGUCUUCAGAGUUGUGGAAAAAGAGGAUGGAACAUCUUGCAAAACUUGGUGAAAGUGUGGAGAGUGCUGGCAGAAAAAGAUUUAUGAUCCUUCAGAGAGCCAAUGUGUCCUCAUAGUUUCAUCUCUAGAAAACAUUUUAUUUUGCCUAAGUGUAGGUGAGAACAAGGCUCAUUUUAUGUGUUUAAUGCUCCCAAGCCAAUCUUUAUGUGAUAUGUUAUCAACCCUUUUUCUCAAAGUGAAGCAUGUGAUUAUUUAUGUUGCAUAUUAAAAUGGCUUAGGGUUUGAGAUUAGAACUUAGC